CAUUCUGACUUCACCAAUGCUAAGCUAACCAGUUAGCUAGCGUGCAACGUCAGUGCUGACUAGUUUUUAUGGAGUGAAGAUGGCACCUUUUCCCGACGAGGUGGAUGUUUUUACUGGUCCACAUUGGCGAAUGAAACAGUUGGUAGGACUUUACUGCGAGAAGCUGUCACAGACCAACUUCUCCAACAACAAUGACUUCCGCUCAUUUCUUCAGUCACUGUGUGCCACCUUCAAGGAGUUCAAGAUGCACGAACAGAUUGAAAACGAGUAUAUCAUCGGCCUGUUGCAACAGCGCAGCUGCACUGUAUAUAAUGUGCACUCCGAUAACAAGCUCUCAGAGAUGUUGUCCCUGUUUGAGAAAGGACUGAAAAGCGUUAAGAGCGAGUAUGAGCAGCUGAACUAUGCCCGGCAACUGAAAGAGCGACUGGAGGCAUUCACACAGGACUUCUUACCCCACAUGAAGGAGGAGGAAGAGGUGUUCCAGCCCAUGCUGAUGCAGUACUUCACCUAUGAGGAGCUGAAAGACCUCAAGAAGCAGGUGAUGGCACAGCACUGUAGCCAGCAGCGAUGGGACUGUGCAGCGGAAGUGCUGAAGGGGUUCAGUCUGUGGAGCCAGGCAGAGGAGCUGCACAAGGCCUUCAAGUAUGCUGACCACGAGAAGACUGAUGAACUAGAGAAAGAGCUGUGCUCCACCCACAUCUCCCAGCUACCUACAGAGAUCCUGCUGCAUCUUUUCCGCUACCUGGGUCCUGAGGACCUGUGUCACUGUGGCCAGGUGUCCUCAGCCUGGUCCGACCUGGCCAAGACCGGCUCUCUGUGGAGGCACCUCUACCCUGUACGCUGGGCCAGAGGGGAUCACUAUCGUGGCCCCCCAGCUGAUCUGAAUCAGGAACCGGAUGAGGAGUGGGUGAAGAGUCUGCAGGAUGAGGGCAAGGCCUACCAGGAGUGGGAUGAGGAUGCAGAUGUGGAUGAGUCUGAUGAGACUUGUGAAGACUCAUUGGCUAUAAGCUCAGCUCAGAGGGAGAAGAAGCUACUGAAUGAAAUGAUCCAGAACCUUCUGCCAGCUGUGGGUUCCUCUGUCAGGUCCAUCGUUCUGGCCUACAGCUCUACGGUCUCCAGUAAGAUGGUGCGUCAGAUCCUUAGUCUCUGUCCUAAUCUCACUCACCUGGACCUCACUCAGACUGAUGUCACAGACUCCGCCUUUGACAGUUGGUCAUCUCUGGGGGCAUGUCCAUCUCUUGAGCACCUGGACCUAUCCGGCUGUGAGAAGAUCACUGACCACACCCUGAAGAAGCUGUCCAUUUCUCAGAAACGAUCUGACCGGCAAGCCAAGCUUCUGAAGAGCCCGCCUCCCAUUAGUCUGCUGGACGAGCGGAUCCUCCAUUUGAUGGGGGGCAGCAGGCAGGCCCUGAUCUUCAAGCAGCGUACGGGGACACAGCGCAGCAGCCCCUCCAGGGUCUGGGUCCUGGACCCUUCGGAGUUGGCCGACAUCGAGGAUGCAGCAGAGUGGAACCGCCGCGGGGGAGUGUCUACCACUGAGGGGCGAGGCUUUGUGGCGACGAAGCCAGGAGGUUUGUGUUGCUGCAGGAGGAGUAGGAGGCGGGGCCUCAGGACAAGCUAUAGCACCUCCUACUGGCAGCAGCAGUAUGGGCUUGGGGAGGCCUGCUGUGGCCAUUCAACCUGCUGCACUGGUGAGAUGGCCCUGAGGGCUUGUGGAGGGCUGCAGUGUUUGUCUUACACCACCAGGGGCAGUGCAGGGGCAGAGUUUUGGACUAAAUGCUCCUCUGGGGGCCAGCGGUGCCUGGAGCUUUACAACAGAACUGAUCAGUCAGACGCUCGACGCUCGCUGAGAUUCCUCAGCCUUUCUGGAUGUUAUCGGGUUACAGACCUGGGUUUGAGGGCGCUCUCUCAGCGUGGAGGUCUUCCUUUCCUGGAGCAUCUGAACCUGUCUGGAUGUCUCCUCAUCACAGAGGUUGGGCUACAGGAGCUGGUGUCAGCCUGUCCUGCCCUCAAUGAUGAACACUUCUACUACUGCGACAACAUCAACGGCCACUGGAAUUUGAGACCAUUCCAUUGUCCCUGAAGUGCAAACUCCGCCCAGCUGGUGCACCGGCAAGGUAAAACGAAUGGGCACAGCAGUACUAUGAGUGAGUGAUUGACUGUUCUGACUGUGGCCUCCCUCUGCAGGUCCCCAUGCUGAUACGGCCAGCGGCUGCCAGAACCUGCAGUGUGGCUUCAGAGCCUGCUGCCGCUCUGGAGAGUGACCUUUGACCUAACCUUACUUUCUAUGAAACCCCCCCCCCAUCUGCACUUUAAUCACCUGGGAACAUGCCAUUUGUUGUAUUUUGUCACUUCAGAUAGUUUCUACAUGAAAUGUUAAGUAAAAAGUAGAGAACUGGCAAUGUCAGGAAUAUCUGUAUUUCUUGGAAACACUCAUUUAGAAAAUAAAAUAUAUGGGUGUUGGAUGAAGUAUCUGCAAAUGUA